AUCUGGUCCAUCUACGUACGUACCUUUUUUUCUCUUAUGAUCGUCCUUGACUCACAAUUCUCGCAAAAAGACUCCAUAUCGAUAAUUCAGCAAAACAUUUGCAAUUAUCUCCUAUUACAGAGACACUAAGCCAACUCUAUACGAACGAGUUAUUGUGUCUUUACAUAAUUUACCUACCGAAGCCUUUAUAUUCUAGAAUUUUACUUCCCAGCAAGAUUUAGACGUUGCUGAUUACGCUCUAUUUGCGCCGACCAAUACUAUCCUCAAGAUCGCCGCACUAGUUAUUGAAGCUUCGCAUACAGCCAGAUACCCCUCCUAAGGAACUCCUAGACCACGAGAAAUGGCACCUCCUAAGGGGGGCUAUGCGCCCGACCUGGACAAGUUUCUCGACACAUUAAAGAGUCGACCGGUAGACGCUUCUGUGGAAUUUUUGAUAUCCCUCCUGAAGCGACGGCAGAUACGAGGCUCCGAAUCUUGCGCGAUAGCUACGGCACAUAUACUACUUCAAGUCGUCGCCAAGGAUAAAUGGUCCGACGUUGAUCAACUCAUCGGGCGCAUACAGUUAGUCGGCAGGAAACUUGUGACAGCGCAACCUCACGAGCUGGUUAUUGGCAACGUCGUGAAGCGAGUUCUAGGAUUAAUACGAGAUGAAGCCUCGGAGGAUCGAAACGACGCGGGUAGCGACUCGCCUACUGACAGAACUCCUACUUUACCUCCCGCAAUAGAGCCUAUCCCCAUCUCAAAAUCAACUCGACUUCCCUCGCUAGUCGCCCUUGGGUCCUUUGCCCGCACGCAGUCAAUGUUCAACCUUCUCUCAGACCCAGACUUUAUCCCCUCGCCGGGUUCCACGCCCAAGCUGGGCUCGGGGGCCUCCACGCCACAGGGAUUUCCACAAUCUACAAACAUACAGGCACUUAGGUCUGAAGUGAUUGACGGAAUCGAAGAAAUUAUGGAUGAGAUAAGGCAGGUUGAUGAACAGGUCCAAGCCUACGCCGAGAUCGUCAUCCACCCAGGAGAUUACAUCUUAGUUCACCAGCCCUCAAGAACAGUUCAGAAGUUUCUUCUACGAGCCGCAUCGAAAAGGAAGUUUACGGUAUUUCUCGUUGUCGACCCAUCCACAGCCUCUACCGACGAUGACCCGUAUACCUCCCUACGAAAAUCUUUGUCGUCCUCUGGAUCGACUGUAGUUAAUAUCAUGAACGUCGGCCUCAUGGCUUACAUGUCGAAAGUCAACAAAGUCAUUCUCGGAGCUCGGGCGAUUACAAAGAAGGGCGGAGUUAUAGUCGACUCCGGUGCUGCAGUCAUCGCUCGCGCCGCUCGAGAGCAAGGCCGGACAGUCAUUGUCCUAGGCGGCGUCUAUAAGCUCAGUCCUGAUAGUCGUUUCUAUCAUGGAGGGUUUGUUGAAUGGGGGGGCCCUUCUAAGUAUGUUAACUUCGCAGACGGUGAAAUGGUUGGACAGGUGAGAGUAAAGAAUGCUAUCGCUGAGUUUAUUCCUACCGACCUUGUCAACACGUAUAUUACGAACUUGGGUGCGCACUCUAAAGACCACUUGCAUGGUCUUAUAGCCGAUCAUUAUAAGGAGGAUGACAUCAACUUUGACCUCUUUGGGAGAAUCCAGAGAUGAUUUAGAUGGUACGCCGUCAUGUCUAAUUGCGACACUCUAUGGUAGUCAUAUAGGCAAUGUGAAGGUGGACGUUUCUAGCAGGAAAUAUUUCCCCGAGUAAGACCGGCAUCUGUUUCUAGGAUGCAAAGCUCAUUCGAAUACCCCGGUAGUUUGACUCAUCUUUGAGGCAGCCUUGUGUAGGCAAGCGUGUGUAAUCGUGGUGGCCGCGUCACCUUUACCACAAUAACAGGUAGCUUCGGAUGCAAGUGCAGGGAUUCUUGGCGAGCAAACGCUGACGGAGCAGCUCAAUAGAACGUGGGGUGGGUUGAUUGACAGAAGCUUGGCCCUCCUCCACUCGGGAUCGAGCGAAUCUCAUUCAGGGAUUCGUCUCCAGGGCUGAACAGCUCAGCCGCCAAUUAAAACACCUUCUAUAGAGGCGCAGACCGGACCUAAUUGUCUCUCCUAGAAGGAUCUGAAUAGGUUGGUCACGUAGAUAAAUAAAAAAGUAUCCUCAAGCCCAUCGGAUAUAUCUGGUUUUUCA